CUGGUCCUGCGCAGAUAAACAAACAUGCUGACUGGGGGCAAGCACGGAGAAACUGUCCGACUUCCCCGAUGAAAGGAUGCAAGCUCCAACGGUUUCGACCCUGAAGGACUACUUCGAGCACGGCUACGAUGCAGGACUCAUCUUUGAACACCCGGACUACACCUUCUGCGAGGAGCACUGGGGCUAUCACCACCACCCCAGCGGCAUCACCGUCUGGGCAGAUCCCCUGGACCUCCGCGACACAGGAGAUGAAGAAGGGCAGGUGCUCUUUCAUUAUACGACGCAGCUGGCGUAUCAGAACAUCACGAACGAAGCCAAGGAGAAGGUGGAGCUCAUGGCGUCCAUCCGCACCGAGGGCGAGACAGCGAACGCCUGGUGGGGCAAGGGGGUCUACUCGGUGCCCAGGGCGCCGGACGAGUGGGAGAACAAAGAGCAGAUCUUGGACAACAACUACAGGAGCAUGAUGAAGAGAGAUCUUGAACUGAAAGGCAAGAGCUAUGUCGACCAAGAGUAUCCUCCGCGGGUCAUGUUCUGCAUUCCGAUCCUGGUAGAACCUGCGAAGGCCUACGAUGUGUCGGUGCGUCAGACACCGGAGAUGGUGGAGAAGGGCAAGCCGCCGGGGGUGAAUCUGGCAGAUAAGGAGCUGAGUCCCCCAGGCUUGCCCGCCCGCUGCUGCGUGGUGAUCAUCAAUCAGACUCAAGCAGAGGAACCCAAUGCCAGUUGGACCCUGACGCGCCCCACGGCACCGCCCACACCAUCGGGCACCCGCACGCCCACGAGCCUGCGCGGCAACCCCUCGAAGACCUCGUCGGUGGGGCGCUCGAAGACCUGGAAGCUCAAGCGCCAGGGGACGUUGCGCCAGCUGAAUGCGCGGGGCAAUCUCCUGCACCGGGUGCUCCAACGGGCCGAGGCGGUGAAUCAAAACAUCCACAGUACCCAGGAGGAGAAGAUGAAGGCCAAUCUGCGCGUGGCCUUGGUUUGUGGCAGCAGUGGGCGUCUGGUGGAGGCUCAAAAACGCCUGCAGGAGGUGGUGGAAUUCAGGAGCCAAGAGCGUGGGAACCACGAUCUAGACACCCUUCGGGCUGCCUCCCAUUUGUCGCACAUCCUCACCCAGCUCGGGCGCUUUAAACAUGCCUAUGCGUUGCAAUUGCACGUGAUGAGGAAUCUUCCGGAGGGACAAGAAAGAGAACGCCUGCGAUCCUUGAGUCAACUAGGCCAUAUCCUGACGCGCCAGCACAAGAUGCGGGAAGCGGAACCGCUUCUGAUGGAAGCUCAUCGAGGUCGAAGACUCCUACUGGGCGAGACUCAUUUCGACACCUUACAGUCCCAACAGGACCUGGCUUUGGUGUGCGCCUCGUUGCAGAAGCCACGCCAGGCCGUGGAGCACUACCGGGAGGUUCUCAAGCACCUGAGGCACCAGCUGGAAAAGACGCAUCCAGCGAGCUUGCAAUGUCAGCUCUUGUUGGCACAGACCUUGGCGUCACAGGGGAAUUAUGACCUCGCGGAGAAGGAGUACGAUCACGUGAGCUUCUUAAUGAGCAGUCAGCUAGGCGCGGCCCAUCCGAAGACCUUGGCCGCUCGUGUGUCGGAAACGUUGACCUUCUGUGACCAAGGGAAGCUCCCAAAGGCCAUGAAGCUUUGGCGACAGCGGGUGGAAACCACUGGAUAUGUCUACAGUGUUCCUUUGCUCUUAGACAUGGGCUUUCACUUAGCGCACUACUCUGGCUUUGCUGGAAUAUUCUUGGUGGCUUUGAUCACUUUGCUGCUCUACGGCUUCGUCGCAGCACCCUUUUGCAAACUUGGCAGUGGAUGCUGGGACACGCUGGAUCACAGUCCAUGGACUGUGAUCUUCAUCCCUCUAUGGGUCCUACAAGGGUUGCAUUUGCUCUUUUGGACCUGGGCCGUGGGUGGCUUUCGCCAACUGCGGCACUGGCGGCGGCAUGUCAUGCGUGGGAUGCGUGGGAUACGAAAUAGAUCCAAGUCAGGCCUCGAAAGCGUGGUCAAGACCUUGAGCCGCAGGGACGAAACCGAAGACUUGGCCUCUCUCCAGGAACAUGCUCAAGUCCUCGAUCGGGUCGGGCUGAAGACCAUUGCGAGCAUGCUGGUCAUCAGCGUUUUGCUGGCUUUGAGACUGGAUGUCGCUGAGGCCUUUCCAUGGCCACCGCUUUUCAGCUGUUUGAUCAUGAGCUGCUGGUUUCUCCUGGAGCUCAACUGGCUCUUCUCCUCCAGCAUUUUCGAGUACCAUUCCGCUUGUGGCUACGCGCUGCUGCUGGCACUGCUGCGUUGGCUGUCGCUACUACUGCCCUUGUUGCGGAUAGAAGGGAUUCGCCCCACAGGAUUCGACAUCACCUUUACGGUCCUACCGGCCUUUGGUAUCUUCCUGAUCUCACUCAUGUCCUGCAUCGAUGGCUUCAUCAAGGAGGGCUGCUGGAGUGUCCUCGCCUGUGCCAUCGCCCUCGCGGAAAAUUGGGACCUCCGGCGCUACCUGGCUCGAGCCAUGCUGGCGCUGCUCUACGUGGCGACUGCCUUGGGAGUCGUCUAUACCGGUGAGAUCAACCCUGAAUCUUCUCCCUUUUUGGCAACUUUGCCAUUGCUCUCCUUCGCUGCAAUGCCUACCACAGCGUUGUGUGUCUUGCGAAGCCAAGUGAUCUUGCGUCGGCCAAAGAAGCAGAUGAAGCUGCUUGAACGGCUGGCAGGGGUCUAGGAGAUUGUGUUUCU